AUGAUGGCUCGUCAAGUCCGCAAGACUAUCUUUUCGAGAGGGAGCGCGCCGCAUGCAGUUUGUGCGUUCGGAGUUACAGAUAGACCAAGAGAUGCACGACACCAAGGAUCAAGUUUCAUCCCUAGUCGCCAAAGCCACACCGGCCAGAGUCGGCUCCAGCCCGAAUGGGAAAGUGGCAAAGAAAAUAUCGGGAAAAGGGAAAACAAAAUAAAUCUCACAUCACCGUGUCCACAAUUCCACCGCCACAUUUCAUGCAGACCCAUGCUGACUAAACAGGACCCUUGGGCCUUGGGCGCGCGCCAAUUCAUGGUAUCUUUUGGCCGUCGCCCGCAGUUGGGGUCGGCGCGUCGGCCGUUUUACUGCAGACGCCCCGGCUUCCCGUUUCUGCCGCCCCAUUUGGAUCCGCGGUGCUGCAUACUCGCCCAGUCAGAACCCUCGUGCACAGUUACCACUUCUCGACCUUUUUUUUUUUCUUGUCUGAAAGGGUAG